CCGCGUCGGGUUCAGUACUCAGUGGCUGCGUUCAGCUUUAGACUUGACCACUACUGGCUUGCCCAUCGCUCUCUUUCCCCCAUUUUUACCACGCGUCUCUAACAACUACACGCGAACAUGGCUUCAAAAAGGUCCAAGCGAACAAAGGCAUCUGCGCCUGCGAGCCGCAGAGUUACCGUGACUGCCAAAACGGAGGCUCGAUGGAAGAAUGUGCGCGGCCGACGCGGCGGCCUGCAAGAUAUGCUCAACAUGCCGAUGGACGUUAUUCAGGAGAUUUGCUUGUAUCUCCAUCCUCGCGAUCUGCUGAGUCUCUCCAGGACGUCGAAGUCGUUCCACAAGUUCCUCAUGCAGCGAAGCUCCGCCUAUUUAUGGAAGGGCUCGAUAAAGAACAUCGUAGACCUACCUCCAUGCCCGAAGGGAUGGAUCGAAUCCGCAUGGGUGUCCCUCAUCUUCUCUCCGUAUUGCACGGCUUGCGGCACAGGUAAAGCUGCGACCGUGUACUGGGAGUUUCUGGCUCGGUUCUGCGUGCGUUGCAGGCCCCAAAUGGUUGUCGCUGCGAAUAGGGUAGACAAUAUUCUUGACUGUAGACAAUGGGAACAUUUCCAAUCUAUACCAAACGAUAUAUUUCUCGAAGCCGAAGCGGUCACAGGGUUUAGGGGACCGUGCUAUAUCCAAUCUCAAGUGUUCGAAGCUAUCGACACUUACGGAAAGCUCUAUGCAGCUAGGAAGUGGGAUUCCGCGGCAAAGCUCGCUGAUAAAGACAUUCAACGAGCGCAACAGUUCCGUGAGCACGCGGACUUAUGCCAGCAAUGGGCCGAGAAGGAAGAACUGAGACACAUCCAGGAGGUUCGGGCGCUCAUAAACGAGCGUUUAGAAGAGGUCACUUCGAGGCUACGUGUUCUGGGAUGGGGGGCUGAAGACAGUACUCUGCUUUCGCAACACAAGCACGUCCAGGUUGCCAAGAAGCUCACGAACGCGGUCACCUGGCAGAAUAUGAAGGACGAAUUGGCCGAAUGCAUGGAAGACAUUCGCGAAGAACGUCUGGAGCAUGAAUACAUGGUUUUGCUGGCGAAGCGCUGGCCAUUUCUGAAGAGCGUGGCGACUGGGUUCUUGGACAGGUACCUCGGCGAACAUCCGGAGAUGCUGGACUAUGGGCUGAACAUCGCGGACCUCGCUCUGUCAAAAGAGUUCCGCGACAUCAUGUGCGCACCUGCGGACGAGGUCGUGGACAGAUCACGCUUCCUUGCAUUGGAGGGUCAAGUGGACGCGAUCGUGGAGAGGUGGCGAACACGCGUCUGCGAAGAAUUGCGCACUGCAUGUACCAAGCACAAGCUCAAAGUGCUGCUAGGCGUGGACCCGCUCGACCUCGCAACAACGCUGUUCGCCGUCAAUGAUAAUCCAAGGUUCUCGAAGUCUAGAUUCUUUCCCCAUAUUGUCGCCCACAGUGAUCUCCGUUCUGCUCUCCCAAAGAGCGGGAAAGACACAUACGAGAAGUUUGUCUACGGGCUCAGGGAUGUGCACUGCUAUGUGGCCCCUGACGGACUCCGCCCACUGACUCUGCCGGAUCGCAUUCGAGAUAUCAUACGAGUGUGCGGAAAGGAUCCGGACGUGGCUCUGGCGGCAGAUAUGGAUGCUUUGGAUCUCAGGUUAGUCAAUCGUUAUGAAGCCAUAAAGACAUGGCGCCGCGCGAUGUUGGAGACUGCCGAUCUAGGCCCUUGGCCAUUCCGGUUAGCGAGUGCCGACGAGACUGCCAAGACUAAAACGCUCGAACUAUCAAGAUUGCAAAGAGCAAGACUGUGGUCGUGCGCCAGGUGUGAGACGGCGCACAUACCAAUGGUCCACAAUACCGUGCAGGAGCAUCUUCGCGACGAGCACGGCGUCGAACAUGCGAACCUUGAAGACAUCAAGUUGAACCAGAACCUAGUGGCGUCUGUGCUAGCCCAGUCAGGGACUGGUAUCUUGACGUCUGAUCUAAAUGACACGAAGCGGUAUUAUGACCGGGAUGCCCUCCGGAGCCACUUAUGGUAGAUAUUUUAACGUGUGCCUCGAUGUCGGCCAAUGCAUAGUCGCGUAACGCAGCCUGAGGUUGGAGGCUCGGCCGCUCGGAGAAUGAUUGAUGAUGCU